AGCACAUGUGAUCAAACCUGUAUUAGAAAAAUUGGACAGAUUAAUUUUUGCAUCAAGUAAAAAUGGUUUUCAUGUGUCAUGGGUUCUCAUAAUCUUUCACAGAAUAUUUAGUCAUGACAACAAGAACAUAAGGCAGUCGGGUCUUAUGAAGUUCUUAAACCUGAAAUUUCCAGAGGAAGUUCUAAUGAAUGGUUUUCUGUCCUUUGUUACAUGCCAUCUUAUAUCAAUAUUAAGUGAUUAUAUGUAUUAUGCAAGAGAUCCUGGACAGCCACCUAAAACGAGUUCUGCUGUUGGUGAUCAGCUAAUCUUGUUCUUUAGAAACAUUAUAAGCUCGUUGAGUGUUUCUAAUCAAAGGCAGUUCUUAUGCUCAUUACUUGAAUCAAUUUUUGAUGGUAGGCCAUGGGGUGGAAUUCCCCUGUUUUACCUACUUAGGAGUAUUUCUCAUAUUCCAUGCACAAGAGUUUGGAAUUAUAAAGUUGUAAAAAAUGCCACUGUUAAUUUUGAAGGAUGCCUAAGCACUCAGGAUGUAACUUUAAGGUCUGCUAGUCAGUGUGACCUCCUGAAUGCAGUCUUCAAACACCUGAGUGUUGAGACUAGUUUAAUUGAGAUUUGUGACAUAGUUGGCCAUUUCAGAAGGAAAGAGUCAUGGUGUCGUGGUACUGGAACAUGGGAAAUGAUUAUUGAUGGCCUUGAUAUUUUUAAUGAGAAUUAUGACAAUUCAUCAGUACACAAAGCACUAGCUGAAACCAUGUCAUCACUGGAUUGUAAAGAUAUUGUUCACCCAUCAGACAUGGCUUUGGGCAUUAACUUGCUUAUGGAGAAGAAUUGCAGGAGAAAUGAAAAUAAUAUAAGAGACUUUUAUACAGAAUCUCUGCUUAAACCUAUAACUAACUUCUUGAGAGACUGUCACAUGCGUCCAUAUCUAGACCAGACGAAACUUGCAUGGACUUUGCAGGUUGUAGCAGUGACUUUGCAAAUAAGAUAUGAAGUUCCUUCAAAUAAUCAAGGAACAGAGUUGAAACAUGAUAGUGAUCUCUCAUGUCUGGUGAAUGGAAUCAUUUCUGUAGCACAGCUGUUUAUUACCCAUAUGGAUAUGUUGAACCAGCCACACGAUCUGGACACAUUAACUCAUUAUUUGCAAUUGUUUGGAAUAUGCAAUAGUGCACCACCUCUCAGAUCAACCAUGAAAAAUUUGUAUGUUCAGAUACUUGAAAAAUGCAAAUCCCUGCUGGAAAAAACAGACCCAGUGAAAUUGUUAUUUGGAAUUUUGAUAUUAGAGCAUCUCCUGCUUUUCCAUUAUAAAGACUCAGGACACAGCAUAAGGGAGGAGUACCAUCAACUUUUUCUUCAAAAGAUUGUGCACAGCAUUCCAUCACUGACUCAAAGAAGAAGCAUAGAAGGCUACAAAUCCACAGAGUUCACCUCCAAUCUCCUUCUGGAGACCACUCGAAGUUGUUGGUCUUGCAUAGAUAUACUAAUCACAAAGAAAAAAAUGGGCAGUACAAACUCCCUCGCAGAAAUUGAGUCCACUGUGGAGGCCUUCUUACCAGAGGCAGUCAAUACCUUAGGGCGUCUGAAUGCAGUGCAUGUGUUUCAGGUGGCUGUUAGUUUAGCUCCUUCUGUUAUUAAGACAAAUAUGUGGCAAGAAUUGGUUGAACUCAUGUGGAGAUCGUCUUCAGAGUUCCGGAAAGGGUGCGACCUCUAUCGAUCCCUAAUCGGGUACCUGUCCGAUCUCCUCUUCCACAGGGAUGCCAUAGUCAAGCCUGAGUACCACAAGUUCAUUGUUCAGAUAUCUCAGAAAUUGUUGACAACUGGUGAGGCUGUCCAGGGCAUAGCUGCACACAUGGCAAGGAGUCUUAUUAUGCCGCUGUCAGAGAGGGCAGUAAGAGAUGGUCUGCCAUCGGGUACUCUGGAUGAACUUAUGCAGGAUGUCCUUGUUCCACUUCUUAUGUUCGGAUAUGUGUUCAGGAAGCAGUUUAAGGUGGUUCAAGAUACGGUUGAAUAUAUUCAGCAUUGUGGAACUACGUACAGCACCAAUAUUCUCUUAGAGAGUAACUGGGACGCUGACCAGAGAGCCAGAGCAAUUACUCUUCGUUUCUUGCUUAGCCUGAAUAAAGAAAAAUCAAGUGACAGAAGCAUUGCUGAAGCAACUGUGCAAGGUAUCAGGUAUCAGUAUGCUAAGUGCACAGUGGAUCGUCGAGAUUUUGGCAACUCUCAGUCCCACCGAUACAAGACGAGACUCCUGCAGGCUUUACUCUUGCUCUUGCCAUUACUAGAUGAGGAAGAGUGCCUGCUGAGCUUGUCCUGGUUAUGCAAAGGCUUGAUCAAGGACCACCAGCAGCCAAGUGUCCGUUACAUGCAAGAGUGGGGCAUUGCACUCAUCAUAAUUUUUCACCCCAGUUUCUACCCUCAUCUGCUGAAACACUUUUUGGAGGGUGCCAAGGAGCGAGUCGGAUGUGUUGGCUCUUUCCUGGCCUCCCUCACACAUGUGGCUUGUACCACAGAGGAGGAGGAAGUUCUAAGUCAGGCAAUCCAGUACACACUACCUUGGUGUAUGGCACAGCACUUCAAUACUAGGCUUUAUGCUCAAGUCUCUUUGAGGAAGAUAUGGCAUCACUGCCAAGCCAUAAAUGCAACAGCUGUACUGGAUAAGUAUGAUCCCAUGCAACAAUGCCUACAGUUUGUGGUGGAACAAGGCAGUGCAGCUCGUAACACCCUGAAUAUGCUGAAUGAUUUUUAUUUCAAAGUGUUCCAUCCUGUUCAACAUUACACACUGCAGACCAUUGUUUAUGACCUGCCAUGUCUGUCACUGCUGGCCAAUGAUGAAUGGCUGACAGUGGACUUUAUUAUGGGUGCCAUGGAUUCAUCCAUUCUUCCUGUGAGAAGCGAGAUUCCACUGCACAACAUGGAUAAGGUUCUGGCUGAGUCUUCCCCAGCACCUUGGGUGAUCAAAGCUGCUGGUGAGCCAUCAUUCCCAGAGGACAGUGAAGUAUCUGGCAGCCCUGUGCUUAAUGUACAGAGGAAGAUAACUCCUUGGAAAUCAAUGAUUUCUGAGCUAACUGCCCCUCUUGACUUGCCUAAUAUGGCUGAACCUCGGCAACAGCGCGGAGGCUUGAUUCUGGUUGCUUCACUGAUUGAUAAGCCACCUAACCUUGGUGGCUUGUGCCGGACCUGUGAAGUUUUUAGUGUGCGGGAAUAUGUAGUUCCUUCUCUUGCAGUGCUGGAAGACCAGACCUUCAACUCACUUUCCUUAACUGCUCAGCAGUGGGUGCCUGUCAAGGAGGUUAAACCAGAUAACCUUGCAGAAUACUUGAGAACCCUUCAGAAUGAAGGGUAUACAUUAGUUGCAGCAGAACAAACUGCCAACAGCAAGAAGCUCUCAGAAUACAGCUUCCCAGAAAGAACGGCAGUAAUUUUAGGAAAUGAAAGAGAAGGAAUUCCAUGUGAGCUCCUCCAGCUUCUUGAUGUCUGUGUAGAAAUCCCACAGUUUGGCAUUAUUCGGUCUCUCAAUGUCCACGUGUCUGGAGCCCUCUUCAUUUGGGAAUACACACGGCAGCAUCUUGCUAAACCUACCUCUGGUUAAACAUUUUUUUAUCAUUAAAUAAAUCAUUUCUGCAUGUCAUUGUAAACAUACUUUUCAGUCUUAGGUGAUGUGAAAGUUAAUCAUUGAGCCAUUUCUAUUUAUUUUCAUUUACCAUUUUUUUUUUUUUUUUUCAAAAGCAUACCAAUUGCAGUGUCAUCACAUACUAUACAAUAUUUUAAAAAUCUGCUAAUUUGGUUGCUUAUACAUGAAUGUAUUUCAAUUUUCAUGUUCUUUUUAUAAGCCAUUUUCAUCCUAUUCAAAUAUAAUUUUAUUUACUUUU